GAAUAUUCUUCGCGUCUUCUCUUUCGUCUACUCUACUCCUCUACUGUAAGAAUACUAAAGUAAUACCGUAGACAGUUCUCCAGUGGAACUGAAUUUCCAUGAGCCCAAGAAAGAAGCUUAUUCUCAAUGAGAAGGUCGAGGUGAGGCAAUUUGAUGUAGGUUUGAGAGGUUCAUGGCACCCUGGGGUGGUGGUUGGUGUAUCCGACUUCUGCCGUCUUGUUAUGUACAACGAGCUUUUGUGCGAGACAGGAGACUCAAAGCUUGUUGAGUCAAUACCUAUCACGAAGGCAGUGGAAGGCCUCUGCCAUCGUCGCUGCCAUGUUACUUCUACGUACCGGGGGCGUAUCCGACCCCAGCCUUCCCCUUCCGCUGAUUCUGAUACUUACAGAGCCAAUUUCACUUGUGGGCUCUGUGUUGAUGCGUUCUAUGAGGACGCAUGGUGGGAAGGGGUGAUUUUUGAUCGAGACGAAGGCGCAGAGGUGCGCUUAGUGUUUUUUCCUGACGAGGGCGAUGAGCUCAAGGUAAAUGUGAAGGAUUUGCGUGUGAGCCGUAAAUGGGAUGAGUUAUUGGGUAUUUGGAAGGACAGAGGUGUCUGGGUUUUGAUGGAGCUGGCAGAAGAGCUUGAACAAGAAAGGCCUUUAUCUCCUUUCCUGAAAAAGGUUUGGUUCCAUUUACGUUCUAAUGCUGGGUUUGUGAAAAAGAUUUCAGAGUGGACAUGUGGUGUUCGGGAUUUGUGGAGUAAGUACCUAAGGGAGGUCCUUCCAAAAAUUGCAGUUGAAUGCGGUCAACAAACCAGUAGACAGUGCAAUCUUCCACUUGUUCUCUCUGGAAAUAAACGGAAGCAACUAGGGAAUUCCCAGCAAACUGGUGUUGAUUUCCAGUUACAUUGUACCUAUUUUCUGAGAAGCAACUCAAAUGGCUUUCACAUUGGUGGCUCGACUCAGACCAGAGGAAAAACACCAUAUGGUCGUCGAACACAGGAAGAGCAAUCAGUUGAUCUGAAGUUGGAAUCUCAAGAAAUCCACCAGGCUGUGGGCCGAGGACACUGGUUCUCCAGUUCAAGCAGCAGAAAUGCACUGACAGGUGAUGCCACUCUGAAGGAAAGAAACCAAUUUGUCACCAAGGGAAGGAAUUUAAAGACAUUGCAGAAAGAUAAAGAUAAUAUGGGUUUGCAGGCCCUUGCAACUGGGGUAGGCAACUGUGGCAGCUUCCCUGUUUAUUGCUCAGGUCAUGGUAGUGUGCUAUCUGAAGAAAGGCAGCCACUUAAGUUGAGACUGAGAUCAAUGAAAUCGCAACCCUUCAUAACCUGCAAAACUCAGGAUAAUAAAUUUGUACUUGAUAAUUCAAUUCAAGUGAAAGAUAUGGUAGAUGAUGCUGCCUUCACAGGAAAAAAUUCCAUAAGGAAAUGUAAUAGCAACAGAUUCCCGGUUGAUUGUGCCGUUCAGAGUGAAGUAAGUGAAUCUUAUGCUGUUCCACCUGAACAGAAGUCAGACAAUAGAAACUUGAUGAAUAAGAAAUCAAAGGCCUCAGUAACAGACAAACCUACUAUUCAAGGGCUAAUGGUGGAUAAUUUAAACAGGGCAAGAGAGAAGGAAAAUGCUGGUUUCCUAAUGCCAGAAAAUGUGGUUGAAGAUAACACAAACUUAUCCUCCACUGAGUGCUUUCAUCAGACUGAAGGAAAAGUAUCUUCUGUUCUACCUAAGCACAUGAGGCAGUCUGUUAAGGAAAAAUCAUCAGUGAGGAAGUUUGAAUCUCUCUUAAUUCAUGAAGGCAAGGAUAAUGAGUCUGGAGUCCAUAACUCAAAGGGGAGAGAUGAUUUAAAAGCUCAAGCUUCACUGUUGCAAGAAAGUCAACGUCUUUAUGAACAGAAUCGGAAGAUUCGAUAUAAAACUGGAAGUAACGGAAUUAUAAUUCCAAACUGUAACCAACAAAAAAGGAAGGGGAAGGAUUCAUCUGUGUUCACAGAAAAAUGUAACUUACGUAGAGGAAGAAGUUACUUGAAGAAAUUCCAGCAGGUUGAUGGUAAUAUGGAGUCACAGCCCUAUGAAGACAAAAGGGCAUUUAAUGCUCAAACAAAACAUGAUGAAGUUGUUAAACACCGCCGUGGACCUCUACACUUUUGUGGUUAUGACAAAAAGGUCAGGCUUAAAGACAUGGUAUCUCGUCCUCAAAAGCGAAGGAGGAGGUACAACCAUUUCCAUAAAAGUGACACUAUAUGUGCAGCCUGUCAAUAUGGAGGAAUUCUCAUUCUUUGUGAUUCCUGUCAUUCCUCAUAUCAUUCGGGUUGCGUUGGCCUUGAGGAUAUUCCAAAUGGAGACUGGUUUUGUCCAUCUUGUCAAUGUGGGAUUUGUGGCUUGGGAGGUUCUCGCACCAGCGAUCGGUCUUUCAGCAGCAGUUGUUAUCAGUGCACCAGUCAAUAUCAUGUGGAUUGUUUGAGUAAAAGAGAACAGCCGAUCUCUGGAAGUCCACCAAAGAUAUUUUGCAGCAAGAAUUGUAUUCAGGAACUGCCACUGCCCUUUAUAUUUGGAUUUAUCGCUGGGGUGGGCGCACAGCAACCAAAAAGCUGGAUUUUUGGUCAUCUUCAUCAAAUUCUUGGCAAAUCAAAUCCAACAAGCAUUGAAGGCUUAUCCUGGACUAUGUUGAGACGAGGGAGAAAUGAUAGUUACUUUGUUGAGGCACAGUCAAAGAUUGAUUAUCAGGUUAAGCUAUCACAUGCCUGGAAAAUCAUGCAUGAGUGCUUUCAUCCUAUCAUUGAGCCUCGUUCAAGAAGGAAUAUUGUUGUAGAUGUUCUUUUUAAUAGAGUAUCAAAAUUCAGAAGGUUGGAUUUCCAUGGAUUCUAUACCAUGGUUUUGCAAAAGGGUGAUGAAGUGACAUGCGUGGCCACUGUGAGGGUCCAUGGACCAACUGUUGCUGAGAUGCCUCUAAUUGGUACUUCCUUUAAGUACCGGAAGCAGGGAAUGUGCCAUGUUCUUGUUAAUGAGCUAGAGAAGAUGCUCAAUCAAUUGGGGGUAAAAAAACUAGUUUUGCCGGCUGUUCCUCAUCUAAGUCAAACAUGGAAGAAUUCCUUUGGGUUUACUGAGAUGUCACAUGAAGAAAGAUUAGAGCUCUUGGGUUUUCCCCUUCUGGGCUUUCAAGGAACAGCAAUGUACCAAAAAUACCUUGCCAAAUCUAUGGCAACAAAGAACUCAAAAGGUUUUGUGGGAAUAUUGAAAAGCUCAGGAAUGGUUUCUGGAUUUCAGCAGGAAAAGGAUAAUCAAGUUGGAAAUUGCAAAAAUAAAUUUUGUGGCUUCCAUUACAAGCGUAAGGAGAGGAAUGCAAUUAUUGGGAAAGACAACAUGUUUGAGAACGGAAAUAGAACAAAGGAUGUAUACAAGUAUGUGUACAAGCGACAAAGGAUACUGGCUAGCAAAGGUUUGAGUACUGAUCAGUAGUUACUGCUAACAUGGACAAAGAUUGGCCACCCAUUUUGUUCAUAUAGGGAACAUUCAAUCAAUAGAUACUGUCCACAACAACCAAAUUUUGGAUUAGCAUCUGUUUAGUUCACAUAGGGAAUGCAAUCCUUGGUGUUUCUGCCUUUCUCAGUCCUCUCCACUCAUCACCUCAGAUUGUACAGUACUCUGCUGGUGUUUGCCCCUGAAAAAAGGGGAGGGGAGGGAUUGGUAGAUUUUGUAGGUUUUUAUACAUAAAAUGUAAAGUGGGUCAUUUAUAGCUCAAAAUAAUUUUUCAUUUAUAUGAAUGCGAUGUAAUUACAAACUAUAUACAAAUUAAUAGAGAAAAAAAAUCCAAAUUUUACCAAA